AUGUUUCCCAGAUUGAUUCAACCCCGAGAAACCAUUUUAAGCCAAGAAAACAUUCAGGGGCCUAAUAUUAGUGGUGGGUUUAGCCAAAGGGGUUCUGCGGGGGACCCAUGUUUGGUCCUUACUUCUGACCCAAAACCUCGUCUGAGAUGGACAGCUGACCUCCAUGAACGCUUUGUUGAUGCUGUUACUCAACUUGGUGGCGCCAGCAAAGCUACCCCAAAGGCUAUAAUGCGAACAAUGGCUGUUAAGGGAUUGACUCUAUUUCAUUUGAAGAGUCACCUCCAGAAAUAUAGACUAGGUAAGCAAUCCGGGAAAGAUUUUGGUGACUCUUCAAAAGAAGGACUGUCGGGUUCAUACCUUUUGGAUAGCCCUUGCGCCAGCAAUUCUCAAAACUUGCCGGCUUCCGAUGUAAUUGAGGGUUAUGAAGUCAAGGAAGCAUUGAGAGCUCAAAUGGAAGUUGAAAGUAAACUACACCUGCAAGUUGAAGCUGAAAAGCAUUUGCAGAUUCGGCAGGAUGCUGAGAAGAGGUACAUGGCUAUGUUGGAAAGAGCUUGCAAGAUGCUUGCUGAUCAAAUUAUUGGAGAUACAAACAAAGAUGUAAAGAAUUUUCCUGAAAAAGGAACGAAGACACAACCUAGUACUGUGCGUAAUCCAUUUGGAUCAUACAGUUCACACUCUGCUGAUGAGUUAGGUAUCCAUGGCCCUGAAGUAGUAUCUCCUAGAUUUCAUCAGCAGCGUGCUGAUUGUUCGACUGAAAGCUGCCUUACCUCUCAUGGGAGUCCUAUAGGCUUGCCCGUAGAUGGGUCUUCACCUGGAGGAAAGAAACGAGUGCUAAACAUGGAUUCAACAAAUGCACCUCUCAUGUGGGGUGACUCUGAUUUACGUACCCCGGAUUUGCAUGCGGUACAAGUUAACUCCCGUGGAAUUACUGGGCACAAUGCCAUUACCUUUUUCACGCAAGCUCAAGGAUUUGGAGGAUUGCGGCUGGAAUUUCAUAGAUCUGGAUUAAUGAAAUAUGUAUCAACCAAAGGGUGUUCCUACCUCAAGCUUAGUCCAUAG